AACCACCAGUGCAGUCUAUUCAUCUCUACUCUAUCCACACUGCGAUGUCUCGGAAGAAAGAGAAAGAAGAAUAUUACCGGUUUUUCUCGGUGACAGAACCACGUACACAUGAGAAGGGACACACGGAAUAUAAAGUCACCGCAAGGGUCGGUUGGUCAAUUCGUCUUAUCGGUAUCUUAGUAGCCACUAGCUAGAUGGUUAGCGUUAGCCAUUUCAAUGCGUUGUUUUGACUGUCAGCAAUAGUCUUGUUUAUAGCUAGCUAGUAGAGACUUUGUCAGGGUGUCAGGAUAGAUUUAUGCAAUGCAUAGAUAUGUACCUUAGCUCAAUAGACGUUGACAGUGAUGGUGGUCCACUGUCAUUUCAAGCACAUCUAUUAGCUAGCUAAUGAAUUCCAAAGGGGCAUUGUUGGGAACUCGUGAUUCGUUGCAUGACUUGAGCCUCGAAACGCCCGUGACUAAUACUAGACCCCUUUUUGGUAGCAUCUCUUCAUUCAAAGACUCAAUCAUGGACACUCUCUUACUGACAGUUGUGGCUGUUUCACAUGAUGUAUUGUUGUCUCUACCUUUUUUGUGCUGUUGCCUGUGCCCAAUAAUGUUUGUACCAUGUUUUGUGUUGCUACCAUGUUGUGUUGCUGCCAUGCUCUGUUGUUGUCUUGGGUCUCUCUUUAUGUAGUGUUGUCUCUCUUGUUGUGAUGUGUGUUUUGUCCUAUAUAUAUAUUUUUAUCCCAGCCCCCAUCCCCACAGGAGGCCUUUUGCCUCUUGGUAGGCCAUCAUUGUAAAUAAGAAUUUGUUCUUAACUGACUUGCCUAGUUAAAUAAAAUAAAACAUGGAGUUCAUACUAUAUAUUUAUUCUAUGUAAAUACAGUGCACAUAUUGGUAUGUUUACUUUAGAUGAAUCACCCUUUGUCCUUUCCUGCUCUCUGUCUCUCUGUCUCUCUCUCUCUGUCUCUCUCUCUCUGUCUCUCUCUCUCUCUCUCUGUCUUUCUCUCUCUCUCUCUCUCUCUAGUUUGUCUCCAAGCGUCAUCCAGAGGACGUCAAGGAGGUGUUAGUAUGGAGGAGGUACAGUGAACUGAAGAAGCUACAUGGAGAGUUGUCCUACACACACAGAAACCUGUUCAGGAGACAGGAGGAGUUCCCUCCGUUCCCUGGCGCUCAGCUCUUUGGUAUGACCCAGUUAAAGUGAUGCUCCAAAACUUUUGCAGAAUUUCAGCUAGUAGUAGUGCUCAAGAGCCAAAACGGGUCCCCGUUUUUAUGUGUACUACUUCGUUAAAUCCUGAUUUCAAUUUUUUUAUUGUGCAAUUCGUGUGAUAUGUCACGAAUCCAAUUCGUACAGUAUGUUACGAAUUUGUUGUGCUUAAGAUCCCGGACUGCAUCUUUAAUCAGUCAAUCAAUUAAUAAAUCAGUCAGUCUAUUUUUUUUUUUUAUAAGAACAUUUUUGUUUGCAAGUUGGGUCACAUUGGCUGAAUUUCUUUCUCAGGUAGGUUUGAUGAAGGGGUGAUCGAGGAGAGGAGGAGUGCAGCGGAGGCCAUGCUGCUGUUCACCACCAACAUCCCUGCUCUCUACAACAGCCCUCAGCUAAAGGACUUCUUCCGGGUGAGAAACGUAAAUACGCAGGCACCAGGGUUUCUUUCCGUUAGCUGGCAAUUUUUGCCGGUGUUUGGCCCCCCAAAAAAUUUAAUAAUGCGAAAUAAUGCUUUUUUUUUAUUUAUUCAUUGAUGGAAGUACCAGUCGUUGGAAAUACAUUUGACCGUCAUGCUUAUCGGUCUAUAGGUUCAUUUGUAUAAUUUAGUGGAAUUAAAUUGUCCUCUGUGUGUAUUUUCAUUAGUCAUCAUGUAUCUUAUUUAUCCAACACUAUCACAGCAUACAGAGACUAUUUUAAAAGGGAUUUUUCCUGCUGCUCCUCCGCUGGUUGCUGCGGGAGUAAAACGUGACACAAACUGGUGCGCUUGGCACCUACUACCAUACCCCGUUCAAAGGCACUUCAAUAUUUUGUCUUGACCAUUCUCCCUCUGAAUGGCACACACAACACAAUCCAUGUCUUAGCUGUCUCUAGGCUUAAACAUCAUUCUUUAACCUGUCUCCUCCCCUUUCAUCUACACUGAUUUUGAAGUGGCUUUAACAAGUGGCCCAAACAUUGCACAUCAAUUCUAAAUGCAAUCAAGUGCAAUACCGCUUGCCGUGCGGUAACAGAGAGAACAGUCUAUGACUUGGGUUGCUGGAGUCUUUGACAAUUUUUAGGCCUUCCUCUGUCAUCACCUGGUACAGAGGUCCUGGAUGACAGGGAGUUUGGCCCCAGUGAUGUACUGGGCCGUAGGCACUACCCUCUGUAGCACCAUGUGGUCGGAUGCCAAGCAGUUGCCAUACCAGGCGGUGACGCAGCCAGUCAGGAUGCUCUCAAUGCUGCAGCUGUAGAACUUUUUGAGGAUCUGAGGACCCAUGCCAAAUCCUUUCAGCCUCCUGAGGGGGAAGAGGCGUUGUCUUGCCCUCUUAACCGAUGGAAGGCACGACACAAACACCUCAGGGUCUAAGCUACAACCUUUAUGAACAUGAAAACGUUUGCACGUUUUUUUUAUUUAUAAUUGACGUUCAAGCUUAAAAAAAAAAGCUUUCAAAUAAUAUCAAACUCAACCAUUUCGAUUUUUCAGUGAUGAAUACAUGGAAGUCUCAUGGUAAGUUGGGGUAUGCAAAGUGGGUCAACUUUGAGCACCUCUCUUCUCAACUUUUUGCUGUCAUGUUUCUCCCUCUUAUGACUGUUAGUCAUGUGCCUUUGUUGGAGUUCUAGCAUAAAAAAAUAAAAUAUACUGCAGUCAUUGCAACUAUAUGUUCAAUGACUACAUUGAAUAACAAUCAAAGACACAGAGAAAGCAUUGUAUGAUAUACUUUGCUUCCUCGGUGUGCCUUUGAUUGCUAUUCAAUGUAACUGAUUAGGAAAAGCAUUUUCUACUUUAAUGACAUCAGUCGGGUCUCAAUCAAUAGUACGCAAGUAUAAACACCAUGGGACCUCGCAGCCGUCAUACCGCUCAGGAAGGAGACGCGUUCUGUCUCCUAGAGAUGAACGUACUUUGGUGCAAAAAAGUGCAAAUCAAUCCCAGAACAACAGCAAAGGAACUUGUGAAGAUGCAGGUGGAAACAGGUACAAAAGUAUCUAUAUCCACAGUAAAACGAGUCCUAUAUCGACAUAACCUGAAAGGCCGCUCAUCAAGGAAGAAGCCACUGCUCCAAAACCGCCAUAAAAAAGCCAGACUACGGUUUGCAACUGCACAUAGGGACAAAGAUCGUACUUUUUGGAGAAAUGUCCUCUGGUCUGAUGAAACAAAAAUAGAACUGUUUGGCCAUAAUGACCAUCGUUAUGUUUGGAGGAAAAAGGGGGUGGCUUGCAAGCCGAAGAACACCAUCCCAACCGUGAAGCACGGGGGUGGCAGCAUCAUGCUGUGGGGGGGCUUUGCUGCAGGAGGGACUGGUGCACUUCACAAAAUAGAUGGCAUCAUGAGGAAGGAAAAUUAUGUGGAUAUAUUGAAGCAACAUCUCAAGACAUCAGUCAGGAAGUUUAAAGCUUGGUCGCAAAUGCGUCUUCCAAAUGGACAAUGACCCCAAGCAUACUUCCAAAGUUGUGGCAAAAUGGCUUAAGGACAACAAAGUCAAGGUAUUGGAGUGGCCAUCACAAAGCCCUGACCUCAAUCCUAUAGAAAAUGUGUGGGCAGAUCUGAAAAAGCAUGUGCGAGCAAGGAGGCCUACAAACCUGACUCAGUUACACCAGCUCUGUCAGGAGGAAUGGUCCAAAAUUCACCCAACUUAUUGUGGGAAGCAUGUGGAAGGCUACCCAAAACGUUUGACCCAAGUUAAACAAUUUAAAGGCAAUGCUACCAAAUACUAAUUGAGUGUAUGUAAACUUCUGACCCACUGGGAAUGUGAUGAAAAAAUUAAAGCUGAAAUACAGUGGGGGAAAAAAGUAUUUAGUCAGCCACCAAUUGUGCAAGUUCUCCCACUUAAAAAGAUGAGAGGCCUGUAAUUUUCAUCAUAGGUACACGUCAACUAUGACAGACAAAAUGAGGAAAAAAAAUCCAGAAAAUCACAUUGUAGGAUUUUUAAUGAAUUUAUUUGCAAAUUAUGGUGGAAAAUAAGUAUUUGGUCAAUAACAAAAGUUUCUCAAUACUUUUUGUUAUAUACCCUUUGUUGGCAAUGACACAGGUCAAAUGUUUUCUGUAAGUCUUCACAAGGUUUUCACACACUGUUGCUGGUAUUUUGGCCCAUUCCUCCAUGCAGAUCUCCUCUAGAGCAGUGAUGUUUUGGGGCUGUCGCUGGGCAACACGGACUUUCAACUCCCUCCAAAGAUUUUCUAUGGGGUUGAGAUCUGGAGACUGGCUAGGCCACUCCAGGACCUUGAAAUGCUUCUUACGAAGCCACUCCUUCGUUGCCCGGGCGGUGUGUUUGGGAUCAUUGUCAUGCUGAAAGACCCAGCCACGUUUCAUCUUCAAUGCCCUUGCUGAUGGAAGGAGGUUUUCACUCAAAAUCUCACGAUACAUGGCCCCAUUCAUUCUUUCCUUUACACGGAUCAGUCGUCCUGGUCCCUUUGCAGAAAAACAGCCCCAAAGCAUGAUGUUUCCACCCCAUGCUUCACAGUAGGUAUGGUGUUCUUUGGAUGCAACUCAGCAUUCUUUGUCCUCCAAACACGACGAGUUGAGUUUUUACCAAAAAGUUAUAUUUUGGUUUCAUCUGACCAUAGGACAUUCUCCCAAUCCUCUUCUGGAUCAUCCAAAUGCACUCUAGCAAACUUCAGACAGGCCUGGACUUGUACUGGCUUAAGCAGGGGGACACGUCUGGCACUGCAGGAUUUGAGUCCCUGGCGGCGUAGUGUGUUACUGAUGGUAGGCUUUGUUACUUUGGUCCCAGCUCUCUGCAGGUCAUUCACUAGGUCCCCCCGUGUGGUCCUGGGAUUUUUGCUCACCGUUCUUGUGAUCAUUUUGACCCCACGGUGUGAGAUAUUGCGUGGAGCCCCAGAUUGAGGGAGAUUAUCAGUGGUCUUGUAUGUCUUCCAUUUCCUAAUAAUUGCUCCCACAGUUGAUUUCUUCAAACCAAGCUGCUUACCUAUUGCAGAUUCAGUCUUCCCAGCCUGGUGCAGGUCUACAAUUUUGUUUCUGGUGUCCUUUGACAGCUCUUUGGUCUUGGCCAUAGUGGAGUUUGGAGUGUGACUGUUUGAGGUUGUGGACAGGUGUCUUUUUAUACUGAUAACAAGUUCAAACAGGUGCCAUUAAUACAGGUAACGAGUGGAGGACAGAGGAGCCUCUUAAAGAAGAAGUUACAGGUCUGUGAGAGCCAGAAAUCCUGCUUGUUUGUAGGUGACCAAAUACUUAUUUUCCACCAUCAUUUGCAAAUAAAUUCAUUAAAAAUCCUACAAUGUGAUUUUCUGGAUUGUUUUUUCUCAAUUUGUCUGUCAUAGUUGACGUGUACCUAUGAUGAAAAUUACAGGCCUCUUUCAUCUUUUUAAGUGGGAGAACUUGCACAAUUGGUGGCUGACUAAAUACUUUUUUUCCCCACUGUAAGUAAUUCUCUCCUAUUAUUCUGACAUUUCACAUUCUUAAAAUAAAGUGGUGAUCCUAACUGACUUAAGGCAGGGAAUAUUUACUAGGAUUAAAUGUCAGGAAUUGUGAAAAACAGAGUUUAAAUUAUUAUUUUUUUGGCUAAGGUAUGUAAACUUCCGACUUGAACUGUAUAUAUUUUUGGCAAAUGUAUUUUCAUUUACUUCCCUAUUGGACCCACCGCUAGUGGUGUUUGUUUAACCGUAACCGCCUGACUAUAAGUGAAAAUCUGAGGCCAGUACCCAACCCUGACUCGCAAAUAUAGAAAAUGCACUAUAUUCUACUGUCAAACAUGGGGUGCAGGAUUUUUUAGUUGUUGCCUGAUUUUAGAUAUAUUUCUGCUUAUAAUUUCCGACAUUUUGGUAGGCUAUUUGUUAGUUAAUUUGUCUAUAAUUAGAUAUAAUGACAGAAAAGAAGCUGCAUGUAUGUUGCCCUAGAAGACUUAAACCAUUGCUCAACAGAAUAAUGCGAUAGAUCUGUAAAGUGUUCUCUGUCAUUCACGGAGUAAAGAUGGAGAAAAUACAGAUGGAGAAAAUACAGUAAAAAAAAAAAAACGGAAAAGAUUUUCUGUGCAAAAUGUCCAAAAAUACUUAAAAUGCAUUACCAUAAUCUAAAUGGGAUUUUUGUUAUUCUGAGCACUGUGGGUGGACGCCAUAAUGGGUUACCCACCCAAUGCAUAUGGGUCCUGUACGUUCCUCAAAUGGCUGGUAAAUAUGGGUCCUGUACGUUCCUCAAAUGGCUGGUAAAUAUGGGUCCUGUACGUUCCUCAAAUGGCUGGUAAAUUAAAAUCUUCCGGGGUCACGUUGUCUGGUGCCACAUUUUCCUAACGGAAACCUUGAUACACACACACACACACACACACACACACACACACACACUCUAUCUCGCUGUCAUACUGUGUUCAACCAUGUUGGAUCUUGCCCAGCCAUCUUGUUGGAUCUUGCCCAGCCAUCUUGUUGGAUCUUGCCCAGCCAUCUUGUUGGAUCUUGCCCAGCCAUCUUGUUGGAUCUUGCCCAGCCAUCUUGUUGGAUCUUGCCCAGCCAUCUUGUUGGAUCUUGCCCAGCCAUCUUGUUGGAUCUUGCCUAGCCAUCUUGUUGGAUCUUGCCCAGCCAUCUUGUUUCCAGAGGACCACAAUGGAAAUAAGUCCCAUACUUUAUUGUGUGUUAUCCUCCAUGAUUUUACUCAUGGCUUUUUCAAGUUUUGUAUGUGCUUGUUUUUUUUUUUUAAACAGUCGAAUUAAUAAACUAAACUCUCCUCCCUCUCUCUACCCGUCUCCUCCCCUCCCCUCUCUCUACCCGUCUCUCCCCCUCCCCUCUCUCUCAAACCCCCCCUCUCUCUACCCAUCUCCCUCCCCUCUCCCCUAGUGUGGAGAGGUUAUCAGGCCGUUGGACCCAUCUCCUCUCUCCGCCUCCACCCCCCUCCCUCCCCCUCUCAUCCCCCUGCCCCACCGUCGAGGCUCAGACUGUGAACCAGAGGAGGAAGGGACCGAGGGCCCUAUCCAAACCCAGAACCUGGGCCUUUCACUGGGCACGGAUCUAGUCGAGCCUGAGGUGGCAACUGAGGCCUAUAGUGAGAUGGGUGCUAGUCCUACUCCGGCGGCAGUAACACCUACAGAAGAGGAGGAGGAGGAGGAGGAGGAAGAGUUGACGGACCUUCCUGAUCUAGACGACAGAGGUAGAGAGACUCACUAGUGCUGAGCAUUUUCUUUCUGUUUUCUUCUGAAAUCAAUGUGCACACUGUGCGCUUUCUCUAGAGAUAAAUCAGAUCAAGCCCAAACUGUGCGAUGUAGUACGGAGUUGUAGUUUCCAACAGGCCAAUAUUCGACACAGUUUAGCGUAGAAAACUAACGACAAUGACCAUAUUCAAUCAAUCAAUCAAAUGUAUUUAUAAAGCCCUUUUUACAUCAGCAGAUGUCACAAAGUGCUUACACAGAAACCCAGCCUAAAACCCCAAACGGCAAGCAAUGCAGAUGUAGAAGCAUGGUGGCUAGGAAAACUCCCUAGAAUAGCAGAAACCUAGAGAGGAACCAGGCUCUGAGGGGUGGCCAGUCCUCUUCUGGCUGUGCCGGGUGGAGAUUAUAAGAGUACAUGGCUAUUGAGGCCAGAUCGUUCUUCAAGAUGUUAAAACGUUCAUAGAUGACCAGCAGGGUCAAAUAAUAAUCACAGUGGUUGUAGAGAGUGCAACAGGUCAGCACCUCCAGGAGUAAAUGUCAGUUGGCUAUGCCUGCUAUUUAAAAGAGACAGAAGAAUGUGGGAUAGAGAGCAGCUGCUUCGAGGUAUCUCUACCUGAAAAUACAUGAUCAAAGUGAUUGAUCGUUGGUAUUCAGCAGUCAUAAAAGUAUACCCUUAUUUACUUUGAAGAACUACUAAAAUAGUGAUUUAGUCAGACAGCAGCUCUAUAGCUCUUCCAUCUAACCUUGACAUUUAUCAGUAACCAGGUUCCCAUCUAACCUUUACAUUGAUCAGUAACCAGGUUUCCAUCUAACCUUGACAUUGAUCAGUAACCAGGUUUCCAUCUAACCUUUACAUUGAUCAGUAACCAGGUUCCCAUCUAACCUUGACAUUUAUCAGUAACCAGGUUCCCAUCUAACCUUGACAUUUAUCAGUAACCAGGUUUCCAUCUAACCUUGACAUUUAUCAGUAACCAGGUUCCCAUCUAACCUUGACAUUUAUCAGUAACCAGGUUCCCAUCUAACCUUGACAUUUAUCAGUAACCAGGUUCCCAUCUAACCUUGACAUUGAUCAGUAACCAGGUUUCCAUCUAACCUUUACAUUGAUCAGUAACCAGGUUUCCAUCUAACCUUUUUAUGCGAAUAAAGUACAUGUUGGAUAAAAAAAAAUGUCACGACAGGCCUGAUAGAAACUCCACAUUUGUGGGUAAACUUUCCAAAUGUCGACACAACAAAUUACACGCUAGACAAGGUGGGGUCUUUUCGUGUCGGUAAAAUUUAAUUGUGCGAGAAAUGGCGCAAAUAUUGAUUAUAAUAACCAUCAUAUCGACGUAAACCUGGAGAGCAGGCCUCAGAUUAACUACACGUCUUACGCAAAGACUUAAGAAGCUUCUAAAGAAAAGUAGAAAAAGAAGUGCAAUUCCUCACCAAUAUCUUAAGAUUCCAUGAUUUUCUUACAAACUUCUCUUAUGAACUUUUUAACUAUCUACAGUGCCUUGCAAAAGUAUUCAUCCCCCAUGGUGUUUUUCCUAUUUUGUUGCAUUACAACCUGUAAUUUUAAAUUGAUUUUUAUUUGGAUUUCAUGUAAUGGAUAUACACAAAAUAGUCCAAAUUGGUGAAGUGAAAUGAAAAAAAUAACUUGUUUUCAAAAAAUUCUAAAACAAUUAAUAAUGGAAAAGUGGUGCGUCCAUAUGUAUUCACCCCCUUUGCUAUGAAACCCCUAAAUAAGAUCUGGUGCAACCCAAUUACCUUCAGAAGUCACAUAAUUAGUUAAAUAAAGUCCACCUGUGUGCAAUCUAAGUGUCACAUGAUCUGUCACAUGAUCUCAGUACACCUGUUCUGAAAGGACCCAGAGUCUGCAACACCUCUAAGCAAGCGGCACCACCAAGCAAGCGGCACCACCAAGCAAGCGGCACCACCAAGCAAGCGGCACCAUGAACAACAAGGAGCUCUCCAAACAGGUCAGGGACAAAGUUGUGGAGAAGUACAGAUCAGGGUUGGGUUAUAAAAAAAUAUCAGAAACUUUGAACAUCCCACGGAGCACCAUUAAAUCCAUUUAUAAAAAAAUGGAAAGAAUAUGGCCCCAUAACAAACAUGCCAAGAGAGGGCCACCCACCAAAUCUCACGGACCAGGCAAGGAGGGCAUUAAUCAGAGAGGCAACAAAGAGACCAAAGAUAACCCUGAAGGAGCUGCAAAGCUCCACAGCGGAGAUUGGAGUAUCUGUCCAUAGGACCACUUUAAGCCGUACACUCCACAGAGCUGGGCUUUACGGAAGAGUGGCCAGAAAAAAAGCCAUUGCUUAAAGAAAAAAAUAUGUUUGGUGUUCGCCAAAAGGCAUGUGGGAGACUCCCCAAACAUAUGAAAGAAUGUACUCUGGUCAGAUGAGACUAAAAUUGAGCUUUUUUUGCCAUCAAGGAAAUGCUAUGUCUGGCGUAAACCCAACACCUCAUCACCCAGAGAACACCAUCCCCACAGUGAAGCAUGGUGGUGGCAGCAUCAUGCUGUGGGGAUGUUUUUCAUCGACAGGGACUGGGAAACUGGUCAGAAUUGAAGGAAUGAUGGAUGGCGCUAAAUACAGGGAAAUUCUUGAGGGAAACCUGUUUCAGUCUUCCAGAGAUUUGAGACUGGGACAGAGGUUCACCUUCCAGCAGGACAAUGACCCUAAGCAUACUGCUAAAGCAACACUUGAGUGGUUUAAGGGGAAACAUUUAAAUGUCUUGGAAUGGCCUAGUCAAAGCCCAGACCUCAAUCCAAUUGAGAAUCUGUGGUAUGACUUAAAGAUUGCUGUACACCAGCGGAACCCAUCCAACUUGAAGGAGCUGGAGCAGUUUUGCAUUGAAGAAUGGGCCAAAAUCCCAGUGGCUAGAUGUGCCAAGCUUAUAGAGACAUACCCCAAUAGACUUGCAGCUGUAAUUGCUGCAAAAGGUGGCUCUACAAAGUAUUGACUUUGGGGGGGGGGGGGGGGGGGGGGGGGGGGUGAAUAGUUAUGCAUGCUCAAGAUUUCUGUUUUUUGUCUUAUUUCUUGUUUGUUUCACCAAAAAAUAUUUUGCAUCUUCAAAGUGGUAGGCAUGUUGUGUAAAUCAAAUGAUACAAACCCCCAAAAAAUCAAUUUUAAUUCCAGGUUGUAAGGCAACAAAAUAGGAAAAAUGCCAAGGGGGGUGAAUACUUUCGCAAGCCACUGUACUUAAGAUGAUUGAUGCUAGGCAACUGCUCUAGCUAGCUACUGUAUCAAUCAUGUUGGCAUAUUCAUUACUGAGAUUACUUUUCUAAAACAUGUUCUUGGGUUUAAAAUAACCAAAACUGAAACUUUCAGAUGUUUGUGAGUGAGAAGAAGGUUUUGUGAAUCAGGGCCCAGUGUAUUAGCCUACAGAUUAAAUAAGUUAUGAUGAACUUCACAGGGUGGUGAAUGUGCACGGUGAUCUAAAUCAAAUGUUAAUUUGUCACGUAGUCUACACAAGUCGUUUAUGAAGUAACAGUGAAAUGCUUACUUACGGGCCCUUCCCAACAAUGGAGGGAGGGAGAGGGAGCGAGAGAGAAGUAAAACACGUUAUAAUAAAUAUACACUGGGUACUAGUACUGAGUCGAUGUGCAGGGAUACGAGGUAAUUGAGGUAUAUAUGAACAUAUAACUAGGAAUAAAGUGAUUAGGCAACAGGAUAGAUAGUAAACGGUAUGUGAUGAGUCAAAAGAGAGUUAGUGCAGAAAGGGUCAAUGCAGAUAGUCCGGGUAGCUAUUGGUUAACCUCCACGGCAGCGUUUCCCAAACUCAGUCCCCAGGACCCCGAAACACUACGCAGCUGAUUCAAAGCUUGAUGAUUAGUUGAUUAUUUGAGUCAGCUGUGUAGUGCUGAGGGCAAAAACCAAAACGUGCCCCCCUUGGGGUCCGAGGACCGAGUUUGGGAAACCCUGCUCUAUGGGAUCUCGUCUCUCUCUCUCUCUCUCGCUCUCUCUCUCGCUCUCUCUCUCGCUCUCUCUCUCUCUCUCUCUGUCUCUGUCUCUCUCUCUCUCUCUCUCUCUCUCUCGUUCUCCUCUCUCUCUCUUUCUCCUCUCUCUCUCUCUCUGUCUCUCUCUCUCUCUGUCUCUCUCUCUCUCUUUCUCUCUCUCUCCUAUCUCUCUCAUCAUCAUCUCUCUCCUCAGUGGUGUAGUGAUGCCUGGAGAAGUGGAUAUACUCUAAUGUUGCCAAACAUCCAGCCUGCCAAAGGAAAGGCUCCCUGUGUGAAAGAUUCUAUGAGAAACAGACAUACACUCUGGCUGACCUAACAUGAUGAAUCCCAUAUUGGUGUUUCACAGUCAGGCCAACCUAAGCUUUACUGUGUUGUAGGCUAUUAGUAGAUCUACUAUUGAAACAGAUGAAUGCGGCUGUCAACUGAGUCAGAAAUUCACAGGUUUCAGAUUUUUAUUUGUAUUAAAUGAGGUUUUCACUCUCGAAGUCACACAAAAAAUAAAUAAAUAAAAGAUGUUAUGCUAUGUUCUAAGUCCAUAACAAUGCUUAAACCACAUCAGGAGACAAUUGUUUUAGGUCUGGGAAAAAUCUAAAAAAAAAAAUGGUGUAGUUGCCCUUUAAUUCAAGUGCACAGGCACCUAGCACUGUUGCUUGGUUAGCAGUGUUUCUGUAGUACAUGAGAUGGCGUUAGCAAAACAAAUGGCCACUGGACUGAUGCAAAUAAUCAUAUCACUCUGCCAGGUAGGCAUAGGCUACUUUGUAGCUAGUUAACCUCUACGGGAUCGGUGUCCUGUAUACGGGACGGUUGAGCAAACGUGCGCUAAUGUGAUUAGCAUGACUGUUGUAAGUAACAGCAAACGAUCCAGGACAUAGACAUGUCUUAUAUGGGCAGAAAUCUUAAAUUAUUGUUAAUCUAACUGCACUGUCCAAUUUACAGUAGCUAUUACAGUGAAAAAAUACCAUGCUAUUGUUUGAGGAGAGUGCCCAACAACAAAACGUAUCAUGGCAACUGGUUUAAUACAUUCACCUCUGAAGGUAAAUAAUGUACUUACAUUGUCAUCUUGCUCUGAUUUGUCAUCCUAAGGGUCCCAGAGAUAAAAUGUAGCAUAGUUUUGUUUGAUAAAGUCCAUUUUUAUAUUCAAAUGUAGGAGCUGGGUUCUACAGUUUGAACCCCUACUGUCUCUGGCUCCACACCCACAUCGCCCAGCCAUCUAGAUGUGUGAAAGUUAGUGUAUAAGCUAAUGAUCCGUCAUGUAUGACAUUCCUGGGAGUGUGUAAACUUACAUUUUGUAUUACCAUAUCAUUUUUGUAUGUUCUCUAUAGUUAUGUACUUGAAAAUGUAUCAAUUGACCAAUUUGGCACAUUUGGGCAGACUUGAUUCAAAAUAGUCCAAUAUUGCAACGCUUCACUGAAUCAAUCUGAAACUUUGCACACACACACUGCUGCCAUUUAGUGGCCAAAAUCUAAAUUGCGCCUAAACUGCAAUAUUAUAUUGCGGCCUUUCUCUUGCAUUUCAAAGAUGAUGGAACAAAAAAAAAAUGGGGGGGGGGGGGGGAAACGCAUGUUUUUUGGUUUAAUAUCUUUUACCAGAUCCAGACUUGGUGUAUCUGUAACGCUUGCUGUGCGGUAGCAGAGAGAACAGUCUAUGACUAGGGUGGCUGGAGUCUUUGACAAUUUUUAGGGCCUUCCUCUGACACCGCCUGGUAUAGAGGUCCUGGAUGGCAGGAAGCUUGGCCCCAGUGAUGUACUGGGCCGUACGCACUACCCUCUGUAGCGCCUUGCGGUCCGAUGCCAAGCAGUUGCCAUACCAGGCGGUGAUGCAGCCAGUCAAGAUGCUCUCGAUGGUGCAGCUGUAGAACGUCUUGAGGAUCUGAGGGCCAAACCUUUUCAGCCUCCUGAGGGGGAAGAGGUGGUGUCUUGCCCUCUUCACGGUGUGUUGGUGUGUUUAGACCAUGAUAGAUCCUUAGUGAUGUGGUCUCUGACCUCCUCCCUAUAGGCUGUUUCAUCGUCGUCGUGUCCUCAGUAAACUUAAUGAUGGUGUUGGAGUCGUGCGCGGCAACGCAGUCGUGCGUCAACAAGGAGUACAGGAUGGGACUAAGCACACACCCCUGAGGGGCCCCCGUGUUGAGGAUCAGCGUGGCAGAUGUGUUGUUACCUACCCUCACCACCUGGGGUCGGCCCGUCAGGAAGUCCAGGAUCCAGUUGCAGAGGGAGGUGUUCAGUCCCAGGGUCCUUAGCUUAGUGAUGAGCUUGGCGGGCACUAUGGUGUUGAACGCUGAACUGUAGUCAAUGAACAACAUUCUCACAUAGGUAUUCCUCUUAUCUAGGUGGGUGAGGGCAGUGUGGACAGCACUGUGCGGGGGGGCGUCUCAGAUGGAUGAGGGGCAGCUCUCGAGGAACUGUGGCGGGAUCUUGGAUGGUUGGUGGCCUGGUGGUUGGGAGCUUUGGUCGGUGGCCGACCGGUCGCUGGUUCGGGUCCCCGAUUUGACUUGGUGGGAGAUCUGUCGAUGUGCCCUUGGGCGGGGCGCUUGACCCUGGUUGCUCCUGUUGGUCGCUCUGGAUGGGAGUGUCUGCUAGAUGACUGAAUGUGAUGUAAAUGUUGAGGGGCUUCACUGCAGGUAGAUUGUCUGUUUUUAAUAUUCAAUAAAAAGUGUGUCUGUGUGUUGCCAGUGUAAAAUGUGAUGGAAACUCAUUUAACUUGUAUUUUUUUUUAUUCAGUACACGGGAAUUUAACCCCAAAAGGUAUUUUUAUGUGCACUACGUCAUCACGCACAGACUUUUAUCCACAACAAUAUCCAUAUCAAUAUGAUGGAAAUGCAUAUUUUUGAUGUAGAUUUUAGAAUAUUCUAAUAAAUCUGUCGCCAAUUAGAUGGAAACCUAAUUGCUAUAGAGGUUGACUUUGGAUUGAACACAUGUAAAUGUUCUUGAUUCUAAGUCUCCAGCUCAAUAGUCAAAAGUAGCAUCCUCGUCUGCUUCAACUGGAAACACAGGAGGGGUUGAAAGCCUUAAUGUAUAGCUUAGUGAAAAAAUUAUCUAUACAGUAACAUUUUACUAAUUAAUUUAGCAGACACUCUUAUCCAAACUUACAGUUAGUGCAUUCAUCUUAAGAUGAGACAACCACAUAUCAGUCGUAUCGCAAUAAUUUUUUAUAUGACCUACAGUGAGGGGGAAAAAGUAUUUGAUCCCCUGCUGAUUUUGUACGUUUGCCCACUGACAAAGAAAUGAUCAGUCUAUAAUUUUAAUGGUAGGUUUAUUUGAACAGUGAGAGACAGAAUAACAACAAAAAAAUCCAGAAAAAAGCAUGUCAAAAAUGUUUUAUAAAUUGAUUUGCAUUUUAAUGAGGGAAAUAAGUAUUUGACCCCCUCGCAAUCAGAAAGAUUUCUGGCUCCCAGGUGUCUUUUAUACAGGUAACGAGCUGAGAUUAGGAGCACACUCUUACAGGGAGUGCUCCUAAUCUCAGUUUGUUACCUGUAUAAAAGACACCUGUCCACAGAAGCAAUCAAUCAAUCAGAUUCCAAACUCUCCACCAUGGCCAAGACCAAAGAGCUCUCCAAGGAUGUCAGGGACACGAUUGUAGAUGGAAUGGGCUACAAGACCAUCGCCAAGCAGCUUGGUGAGAAGGUGACAACAGUUGGUGCGAUUAUUCGCAAAUGGAAGAAACACAAAAUAACUGUCAAUCUCCCUCGGCCUGGGGCUCCAUGCAGGAUCUCACCUCGUGGAGUUGCAAUGAUCAUGAGAACGGUGAGGAAUCAGCUCAGAACUACACGGGAGGAUCUUGUCAAUUAUCUCAAGGCAGCUGGGACCAUAGUCACCAGGAAAACAAUUGGUAACACACUACGCCGUGAAAGGCUGAAAUCCUGCAGCGCACGCAAGGUCCCCCUGCUCAAGAAAGCACAUAUACAGGCCCGUCUGAAGUUUGUCAAUGAACAUCUGAAUGAUUCAGAGAAGAACUGGAUGAAAGUGUUGUGGUCAGAUGAGACCAAAAUCGAGCUCUUUGGCAUCAACUCAACUCGCCGUGUUUGGACGAGGAGGAAUGCUGCCUAUGAGCCCAAGAACACCAUCCCCACCGUCAAACAUGGAGGUGGAAACAUUAUGCUUUGGGGGUGUUUUUCUGCUAAGGGGACAGGACAACUUUACCGCAUCAAAGGGACGAUGGACAGGGCCAUGUACCGUCAAAUCUUGGGUGAGAACAUCCUUCCCUCAGCCAGGGCAUUGAAAAUGGGUCGUGGAUGGGUAUUCCAGCAUGACAAUGACCCAAAACACACGGCCAAGGCAACAAAGGAGUGGCUCAAGAAGAAGCACAUUAAGGUCCUGGAGUGGCCUAGCCAGUCUCCAGACCUUAAUCCCAUAGAAAAUCUGUGGAGGGAGCUGAAGGUUCGAGUUGCCAAACGUCAGCCUCGAAACCUUAAUGACUUGGAGAAGAUCUGCAAAGAGGAGUGGAACAAAAUCCCUCCUGAGAUGUGUGCAAACCUGGUGGCCAACUACAAGAAACGUCUGACCUCUGUGAUUGCCAACAAGGGUUUUGCCACCAAGUACUAAGUCAUGUUUUGCAGAGGGGUCAAAUACUUAUUUCCCUCAUUAAAAUGCAAAUCAAUAUAUAACAUUUUUGACUUGUGUUUUUCUGGAUUUUUUUUGUUGUUAUUCUGUCUCUCACUGUUCAAAUAGACCUACCAUUCAAAAUUAUAGACUGAUCAUGUCUUUGUCAGUGGGCAAACGUACAAAAUCAGCAGGGGAUCAAAUACUUUUUUCCCUCACUGUAUAUGCACCUAAGUAUUGUGAUAAUAUCGUAUCGUGAGGUCCAUGGCAAAUCCCAGGCCCUAGUAUAGCCCACUAAGUUCCUUUCACCUGUCCUGUUCUUUCACAUCUGUGCAGAUGAAGGACAGCAGACAAGGGGAGGAAGCCACUUAAAGGAUCCCCUGCCAAAAUGACAAAAGUGGCUGUUAAGUGAUGUUCUGGUGAUUUGUCAGCCUUGCUGUUGCUUAUUAUUGAGAUGUUCUCAAUUCUAAAUGUUCUCUUCCCUAGUUCCUUCUCCGUUCCAGCCCUGCGUCCUCAGAACAGACCAAUCACAGUCUCAGGAGGAGUUUGAUUUGCUGUUCGAUUCUGUGAUGCGGGAGGAGCCUACAGAGGAAGUACCGCCCCCUCCUCUCUCCGACAACGACCUCGCCAUCUUUGACCCCUGUGCUAAAGAAGGUCAGAGGUUACACACACACGCGUACAGAGGAGAGGCCACACUACUACACACACGCGUACAGAGGAGAGGCCACACUACUACACACACGCAUACAGAGGAGAGGCCACACUACUACACACACGCGUACAGAGGAGAGGGAACACUACUACACACACGCGUACAGAGGAGAGGCCACACUACUACACACACGCGUACAGAGGAGAGGCCACACUACUACACACACGCAUACAGAGGAGAGGCCACACUACUACACACACGCAUACAGAGGAGAGGCCACACUACUACACACACGCAUACAGAGGAGAGGCCACACUACUACACACACGCAUACAGAGGAGAGGCCACACUACUACACACACGCAUACAGAGGAGAGGCCACACUACUACACACACGCAUACAGAGGAGAAGGCCACACUACUACACACACGCGUACAGAGGAGAGGCCACACUACUACACACACGCGCAUACAGAGGAGAGGCCACACUACUACACACACGCGUACAGAGGAGAGGCCACACUACUACACACACGCAUACAGAGGAGAGGCCACACUACUACACACACGCGUACAGAGGAGAGGCCACACUACUACACACACGCAUACAGAGGAGAGGCCACACUACUACACACACGCAUACAGAGGAGAGGCCACACUACUACACACACGCGUACAGAGGAGAAGGCCACACUACUACACACACGCAUACAGAGGAGAGGCCACACUACUACACACACGCAUACAGAGGAGAGGCCACACUACUACACACACGCAUACAGAGGAGAGGCCACACUACUACACACACGCGUACAGAGGAGAGGCCACACUACUACACACACAGAGGAGAGGCCACACUACUACACACACGCAUACAGAGGAGAGGCCACACUACUACACACACGCAUACAGAGGAGAGGCCACACUACUACACACACGCGUACAGAGGAGAGGCCACACUACUACACACACGCAUACAGAGGAGAGGCCACACUACUACACACACGCAUACAGAGGAGAGGCCACACUACUACACACACGCGUACAGAGGAGAAGGCCACACUACUACACACACGCAACAGAGGAGAGGCACACUACUACACACACGCAUACAGAGGAGAGGCACACAUACACAAAGCCUACAGAGGAGAGGCCCCCACACUACUACACACACGCCCAUACAGAGGAGAGAGGCCACACUACUACACACACGCAUACCGAGGAGAGGCCACACUACUACACACACGCAUACAGAGGAGAGGCCACACUACUACACACACGCAUACAGAGGAGAGGCCACACUACACACACACGCAUACAGAGGAGAAGGCCACACUACUACACACACGCAUACAGAGGAGAGGCCACACUACUACACACACGCAUUACAGAGGAGAGGCCACACUACUACACACACGCAUACAGAGGAGAGGCCACACUACUACACACACGCAUACAGAGGAGAGGCCACACUAUACACACACGCAGAGAGGAGAGGCCACACUACUACCACACAACUUCAUACAGAGGAGAGGCCACACUACUACACACACGCAGAGAGGAGAGGCCACACUACUACACACACUUAUACAGAGGAGAGGCCACACUACUACACACACGCAUACAGAGGAGAGGCCACACUACUACACACACGCAUACAGAGGAGAGGCCACACUACUACACACACGCAUACAGAGGAGAGGCCACACUACUACACACACGCGUACAGAGGAGAGGCCACACUACUACACACACGCAUACAGAGGAGAGGCCACACUACUACACACACGCAUACAGAGGAGAGGCCACACUACUACACACACGCGUACAGAGGAGAAGGGCACACUACUACACACACGCGUACAGAGGAGAGGCCACACUACUACACACACGCAUACAGAGGAGAAGGGCACACUACUACACACACGCAUACAGAGGAGAGGCCACACUACUACACACACGCAUACAGAGGAGAGGCCACACUACUACACACACGCAUACAGAGGAGAGGCCACACUACUACACACACGCAUACAGAGGAGAGGCCACACUACUACACACACGCAUACAGAGGAGAGGCCACACUACUACACACACGCAUACAGAGGAGAGGCCACACUACUACACACACGCAUACAGAGGAGAAGGGCACACUACUACACACACGCGUACAGAGGAGAGGCCACACUACUACACACACGCAUACAGAGGAGAGGCCACACUACUACACACACGCAUACAGAGGAGAGGGCACACUACUACACACACGCGUACAGAGGAGAGGCCACACUACUACACACACGCAUACAGAGGAGAGGCCACACUACUACACACACGCGUACAGAGGAGAAGGGCACACUACUACACACACGCAUACAGAGGAGAGGCCACACUACUACACACAUGCAUACAGAGGAGAGGCCACACUACUACACACACGCAUACAGAGGAGAGGGCCACACUACUACACCACAGCAUACAGAGGAGAGGCCACACUACUACACACACGCAUACAGAGGAGAGGCCACACUACUACACACACGCAUACAGAGGAGAGGCCACACUACUACACACACGCAUACAGAGGAGAAGGGCACACUACUACACACACGCAUACAGAGGAGAGGCCACACUACUACACACACGCGUACAGAGGAGAGGCCACACUACUACACACACGCAUACAGAGGAGAGGCCACACUACUACACACACGCGUACAGAGGAGAGGCCACACUACUACACACACGCAUACAGAGGAGAGGCCACCACUACUACACACACGCAUACAGAGGAGAGGCCACACUACUACACACACGCGUACAGAGGAGAGGCCACACUACUACACACACACGUACAGAGGAGAAGGGCACACUACUACACACACGCAUACAGAGGAGAGGCCACACUACUACACACACGCAUACAGAGGAGAGGCCACACUACUACACACACGCGUACAGAGGAGAGGCCACACUACUACACACACGCAUACAGAGGAGAGGCCACACUACUACACACACGCGUACAGAGGAGAGGCCACACUACUACACACACGCGUACAGAGGAGAGGCCACACUACUACACACACGUACAGAGGAGAGGCCACACUACUACACACACGCAUACAGAGGAGAGGCCACACUACUACACACACGCAUACAGAGGAGAGGCCACACUACUACACACACGCGUACAGAGGAGAGGCCACACUACUACACACACGCGUACAGAGGAGAGGCCACACUACUACACACACGCAUACAGAGGAGAGGCCACACUACUACACACACGCAUACAGAGGAGAGGCCACACUACUACACACACGCGUACAGAGGAGAGGCCACACUACUACACACACGCGUACAGAGGAGAGGCCACACUACUACACACACGCAUACAGAGGAGAGGCCACACUACUACACACACGCGUACAGAGGAGAGGCCACACUACUACACACACGCAUACAGAGGAGAGGCCACACUACUACACACACGCAUACAGAGGAGAGGCCACACUACUACACACACGCGUACAGAGGAGAAGGGCACACUACUACAAUGAAAUUCCACCACAAAUAUCUGUCACUUAUACAUUUUUUUAAAAACCACUUUUUAUCCAGUGACAGGAAACAGCAACAUUACCUUUUUUAAAGGGGAGAAAACAACAUCUUAUCGCACAAUAGGGACUGGGAAAUGACACACACACACAAUCUAACACACAUUCUUUAGUUGUAUUGUUUGUAUAACGUGUGACUGUCCUUGUCUGUCAGUGUUUUGUUGCUUCGUGUUUAAUGUUUUUGUGUUGACCCCAGGAAGAGAAGCUGCUGCUUCUGGAAAAAGCUACUGGGGAUCUGAAUAAAACCAAACCAAACUUUCUAUCGCUUUCUUUUUAGCUUUUAUUUCAACCUCUCGGUUCUUCAUGGUCCUGUUCUUUUUCAUUACUCAUUUCUCUUGCCCCAGACCAACCGAGUGCAUCACACAACCAAUCAGAACUUCUGUCACUGCCCCUGACCAAUCCGGACGCCGGGGAGGCGGGCUAUCUGAGGCAGGCAGCCAAUGAGCUCACGGCUGCGAUGGCGAGCGAGAAGGAGGGAAAGUACAGUACAGCCAUACAAAAAUACAAGACUGCUGUGGAUUUACUCAUCACUGGAGUUAAAGGUGAGAGGGAUGGAGAGAGGAGGGGGGUG